GUCAUCUUCUGGUCUGUUCCCCGCGGCCUGGAAGAGCUCGCGUGCCGGUGCCGUAUAAAUGCCUGCGCUCGUCAUGUCGAUCUCACCAUCCUCGCGUUCGCCAUGGGCAACUCUUUGGCGGCGGCAACGCAGUUCUUCCCUCCGAAGCCGCGCUGGACGGUGAACGACAUCCCCGACCUCUCCAACAAGGUCAUGCUGGUGACCGGCGGUAACACUGGACUUGGCAAGGAGACGGUCAAGGCUCUCCUCGCUCGUAACGCCAAAGUCUAUCUCGCCGCAAGAGAUGCGAGCAAGGCCCAACAGGCGAUCGCGGAUCUCAGAGCGGAGACAGGGAAAGACGCGAUCUUCCUCGAACUCGACCUUGCGAACCUCGCCAGCGUCCGUCGCUCCGCCGAAGCUUUCCUAAAGCAGGAGUCGGCGUUACACGCCCUCUUUCUGAACGCCGCGGUCAUGUAUCCACCCAUCGAGGCUGUCACCGUCGACGGAUUUGACCUGCAAUUCGGCACCAACGUUGUAGGCCAUUUCCUCCUCACCGAGCUCCUCAUGCCCGCCCUGCUCGCCGGAGCCGAGUCCUCUCCCGAUCGCAAGGCCCGCGUCGUCACCACUUCCUCGUUCGCAAACUACCUCUAUACCCUCAACUGGGAUUCGUUCGUGGACGGCCCCGCCCGGAAGCGCAUGUCGACGUACGACCUGUACUCGCAGAGCAAGCACGCGAACGUCGUCGUCGCGAAGGAGAUCGCUCGCCGGUACGGGGACAGGGGCAUCGUCUCCACCUCGGUCAAUCCAGGUAACCUGCGGACAGACCUCCAGCGUCAUCUGAGCGGUCCCCGCAAGUUCAUCAUCAGCAUGCUCCUGUACCCGGCCUCGUACGGCGCGCUGACCCAGCUUUGGGCGGGGACUUCCCCCGAAGCGGCGGACUUCAACGGCAAGUUCCUCAUCCCGUGGGCCAGGGUGGGCGCGGCGCGCAAGGAGGCGCUGGACCCGGAGGUUGGGCGGCGGCUGUGGGAGUGGUUGGAGACGCAGUGCCGACCGAAAUAGGAUAUUCACCGAACGGUCCCGAAUCGUCCCAAUUAGCUACGUGACGAGCGUCUGUGCCAUCGGAAACAAUCGCACGCCCAUCCCGGUCGGAGAGAACACACCGCUCGAAUGAAACGCCUACCUCCAGAAGCGCGCGCCGUGCGUGCCCGGAUAACGACAGCAAAUGCACCAUCGUCAUGGGAAACGCAUGGCUCGUGCAAUAGGAUAUUCGCCGAACGGUCCCAAUUAGCUACGUGAUGG